AGGGACCGUCGGGGAGGUGGAUCCUCCUUUCAGAAGCCGCCUCUCUCCUUCUGCGCUUAGCCCUCCGCUCCCCGCAGGGAGUGGCCGCCUCGGGAGGGGCCCCGUGGGACAGCAGCGGUGGAAGUGGCUGAAGCCAGGGGAAAAAUCUAAGCUGCAGUUGAUCCAAACCAGCCUUUUUUAUUUCUGUCUUUUGGCUUUGUAUUCACUCAGCUCUAACAACUUGCCUAUUUCUCAACAAUAUCAAAUGCUUCUGGGAAAAAUGGGGAAACACUAAGGCCUGAUUGUCCAGUUCUGACUGGUUCCUUUCUAGACUGAAGAAUUUGGAUCACCCUAUUUUUUAUUGGAAGAACAGGGCCCUGGGGUAGAGGCAAAAAUGUACAAAACGCCCAUCUGCGUGCUACAGCUAAGCAGGGUGGUGAUGAACCACAAGCUCUGGGCUGUGUUUAUCAUCACCUUCAAGUUCAUGUCCUUUGUCUCCAUAAUGUUUUACUGGAAAAUCACCGAGGAUGCCAAAGGCAAGAGUCUGCUCUAUGGCUUGCCUCUGGAUGUCAAAUGUCCUCGAUCUGUGCCUUCUCCUCCCCCAGCUGUAUCUGGCAGGCCACCUCCACCGCCCGGGGAUAUAUUUUUUGUGGAGACCUCAGAAAAAACCAACCCAAGUUUUCUCUUUAUGUGCUCUGUCGAAUCAGCAGCCAGGGCUCACCCUGAGACCAAAGUCGUCAUCCUUAUGAAGGGCUUGGCAAACAGAAAUUUCACUCUUCCAAAACACUGGGGCUUCUCCCUGCUGAGUUGCUUCCCCAAUGUGGAAAUCCGGCCACUGGACUUGAAUGACCUUUUCUCUGGUACCCCUCUAGCUGACUGGUAUUUGGUGGCCCAGCACAGAUGGGAGCCUUAUUUCUUACCCAUACUUUCUGAUGCCUGUAGAAUUGCUAUCAUGUGGAAAUUUGGGGGUAUCUACUUAGACACAGACUUCAUAGUCCUUAAGAACUUAAAGAACCUCACCAAUGCACUUGGAACCCAGUCCAAAUAUGUAUUGAAUGGAGCUUUUCUCUCUUUUGAAGCCAAACACAAGUUCAUAGAGCUUUGCAUGCAGGACUAUGUGGAUAAUUACAAUGGCUGGAUCUGGGGGCACCAGGGCCCACAGCUUUUAACACGUGUUUUCAAAAAAUGGUGCUCGAUCAGGAGUCUCCAGAGCAGUAAAAGCUGUAAAGGAGUCAGUACUCUUCCCAGAGAAGCCUUUUAUCCCAUCCGCUGGCAGGACUGGAAGAAGUACUUUGAAGUGGUCAGCUCUUCGGAGCUUCACAGACUCUUCAAGAACACCUACGCGGUGCAUAUUUGGAAUAAAAAGAGCCAAGGGACAAGAUUUGAGAUCACCUCAAAAGCUUUACUGGCUCAGCUGCAUUCCCAUUACUGCCCUUCAACGUAUGGGAUAAUGAAGAAAUAUUUUUGAAAGGAAUUGAUUGACCCACCUGUCACCUAACUGAACAAAGGAAGUAGCCAAAACUGUUCAGCCUUCCAAGCAAAAAUGUACAUUUGAAAGUGCUUCUAUCUCUGUGAAUCAUCAAUCACCAGGCAGUGUGAUGUAGUGAAAUUCAAAGAUAAAUGUAGGGUAGGCUGAAUGUAGGUUGAACACAGGAGUUAACUAAAGACUGAGCAGUGCUUGCCUCGUUUUCCUUCCUUUCCUUACACUCGGGUCCCUUUACACUACUCUGGCUGUGUAAAGGGACCUUAAGAUGGGAGUAAAUGUUGCAACACUCUGGCAGCAUAAAGAGGUUUUAAAGUGAGAGUAAACAGUCUUUAUUCUGCCAACAGGGCAUAAAGGGGCCUUAGUAUAAAUGAAAAGCUGGACCCAGGUCAUUGGUUGAUUCUUGUGAGCUCCCAAAUAUCUUCAAAGAAAUAGUGAGGAAAGCAGAGGGAAGAUAAAUUGAGGAAGAAGUUAAAAGGAGGAUCAGAAAAGGCAGCAAGGGAAGGGAAUAAGGAAGACGAGAAAAGAAAGAAAGGGUGAAUUUUUUUUUACCCUUUUUUUUUUUUCUUCUUCUUUUCCUUACUGCAGAAACCAGUAGCUGAAUGGAACUUCCACAUGUUCCAGCUUUUAUUUUACAAACCUUUAACGGGACACUUCUGUGUGUACAAGGAGCCAUGUGCUAUAUAGUCCUUGGUCGGUUCUUAAUGGGGCAAAUACCCAUUGUCUCCAGCGUGAGGUUUGACUGCGUAAGGAAUUCAGGGUUGGUCCAAAGGUGGGUUGUUUUUUUGUUUUUGUUUUUUUGUUUUUAAAUUAAAACUUCUAAGCAGACAUGGGACAAACUUUAUUUUAAACGAGGGUCAGAAUUAAUAUGCUAUGAAGAUGCAAGUGAUGGGUGUGUCCAGAUUGUGUUGCCUGUCUUCUGAUUGGAGAGCUGUAAAAUGUCACUUCCUUUUAUUGGAAUGAUCUGUGGAUUUAUGUGUGUAUACCCACUGCAACUCUCCCCACCCCUCUCCGUCACUGUAGUAUCUGAGCAACUAUUAAUCAUUUUAUUCUCACAACACCACGGGAAGGCAGAGAAGUACCACUCUCCUAUUUUACAGAUGGACAACUGAGAGACAGAGAGAUUAAGGAUGAGAGUUAGUUGCCUAAAUACCUCUGAGGAUCUGGGCCUAAGCUCCUUGCCCAAGAUCACAUAGGAAAUGCAUGGCAGAACUGGAAGUUGAACUUAGAUUUUUCUGAACCUCACUUUAGCACCGGAACUGAAAGACCCUGCUUCUUACACUUUCAAAUCUUCUGUGGCAUUCUGCUGCUAUUUCUGGCACAGAAAGUAGCCUGGAGGUGCAGGGGUCAUCUUUGAGCCCUGAAUAAAUGCUACUGAAAGCAUCUGUGGCUCUCAGACUCUUCCUAACUGAUGUGUGGGGGAGACCGUUUCUGUUGUGGAAAAAGUUGUCUUUGCAGACUCCCAGCACUGACAUGAGCCCAAGGAGAGACCAUAAAAGCUUUGAGACUUUUGACAGGAAAUUCCAGUUUCCAUAAACUCAGUGUAAAAUAAAUGACGAAAUCCAUAUUUCCUUUCUUACACAACAGAUUGUAGCUGUGUGCUGUUACUAAUGGGAUUGGGUAAGCAUUACAUCAUCCGUGAACUACCUGCUCUGUGUGAAGGCAAAGAUGAGCUGCCAACAGACCUGUCGGGGGAGUGUAGCAGUGAUGGAGGGCAAUGAAUGGGCUGGCUUUUUGCAGCAUUGAAGGGACUUGUUGCUGAAAGGGUCAGGUAGAAUAAAGUGGUGAUAUACUUUGGAAAGGAGGGGGAAGCAUUGGGCGGGAGAGAAAUUUUACUGCUCCAUCUCCCAGCUUUCGAACCUUCAUUUGAAGCUUCUGCUGCUGCCACCACAGGGCACCUCUCCUGUCUUUAAUUCACCACCCUCCCAUCUGUCUGUCUCCGAUCUUGAGAUCUGACACUGCAAGAGACUGAACAUCUCCUGUGAAGUGAAGGGGAGCUGAAAAAACUUAGAAUCUCACAGGAGGCACUCAACACCUUGCAUUAAUGGGCUCUUACUGGUUAAAUUGGAUUCAACUGUAGCCUCCACAAUGGGGAAAAAAUGUGCCGCCUUCCUCUGUCUUGACCACCACUUCUUCCUGCUUUUUGAUUCAGCUGUGAGUCUAUAGCACGAUUUGGAGCACAGCUGAACUGACAAAGAAGCAUUAGUAGCUAUAAGGGAGGCAGGCUGCCAGUUAACGCAUCAGUCUCAGUGCACACACACUCUAAAACAAGAUUUAUAGUAAGAGGGGUCACCCAGGGCCACAGACAUGUGCUGAGAUGGUUGUCAUGGGCGAGUGGAGCAUCAUCCAUCUCCUACCCUGUACUCUGUAAAGGAAACCAUAGUACUAUAAAAUAUUUUAAACACCUUGUCUGAGCCUUAAACAGUUGGUUUUCUUAUGAAUAAAGAUGGGCUUGAGCUAUUAACUUCAGAUCUAAAAAUAAGCUUUUCUGAUGUUCAGGGACAGUGGCUGAUCCAGCGCUCCAUUUCAUGAACAUGACUAAUGCUGCAUCCUAAUAGGAUGGUAUCAUCUGGCACUUCUGGAAAACUGCUCGAAGUCGUGAUCCGACCAACACCGCUGGCUGCUCUGGCUCUAUCUGACCUUCAAGUCUGCAGCUGCUUCAGGGCUUUUUCUGCUUCGCAGCUCAACCACAAGCAAGCUCAGAUUUGCUCAGCUGAGCCAAGGAUAUGUAUAAAACAAAAGACGGCCUGAAGCAUAGCAGGACAAAAUCUCUUUCUUUCUUUCUCUCUGUUUAUUUGCAACCACCCAAAUGACCCAAACAGCAGAGCAAAAGAACCCUAACCUACUAUGGAACUCAUCCCUCUCACUUCACAAGGCUAUGAGUAGUCAGGUGUGGCUUAUUUUCCCUCUAAACCUUAGGUCACGCUCUUCGUUUUACUCUCCUUUUCCUAUGUGUCCUACAGUCAUUUUGAUCUUGUUGAUUUCCUCACAGUCCCCACCCUGAGCACUUCAAAAUACAGAAUACACACUUUUGAAAAACAAGUGUACUUACCAAAAACCAACAAUGUCUAAGAGCAUAGGAACUGUGUUCUUACACAGACCAUGGGGCUGCUGUACGUCAGUAUCCCGUCUCCAUCCACUGGAGCCAAUGUUGGCUAUUUCAGAGGAAGGCAAACUGUGUACCCAUUGUAACUUUGCAACACUAUACGCUGGGGAUCUUCCUGAGCCCUACCUCAUGAACAUUUUAUAUCUGAGACAUUAGCAUUGAUAGCCCUUGUAUGUUUUUUCCAGCUUGUGUCAGUGCAGCUGCUAUUCCUGUCUAGAGAAAUGCAAGAAAUUGCCAGGUUGGGACAGAUCCCUGGUCUGGGUAGUAUGGUAUCCUAUUUCUGGUAUUUCUCUUUUACUUGGCCUCAGUCCAGCUGAGCAAUGAAAUGUUAGUUGAGCCAAGGACAGCCUAAUGGUCAAGGCAUGGACUUAAUUUGGUCAGGCUGCAUCACAGUGUGCACUUUAUUUGGUCACACUCUUUGCCUCUGAAUUUCAUGUAAAAUCUAGCACUGCUUAUGUGAAAAAGUGCCUUUUCAUAGAAUGGCCAAUUUCUCUGCAACUUGCAACCUGCAUAAAGAGCUUUGCACUAAUCCCGUGUUCUCUCCACUGCUGUAAAUAGACUAGAGGUCAGUUGUUAAAUUGGGAGGAAGUCCCUCUGUCCUAGUGGAACAUAGGAAGUUGGGUCAGUUGUGUCCUGGCAGAUUAGCUUGCAGUAUGUUAGGAAAAUUCUAAAUUUAGGAUUUGGGUGGGACAUUGUUGAUUCAUGGCAGCUUAAUAUCAGGCUAAAGGAAGAGGCCAAUCUAGUCUGCAGUGAAAUGCAUAAUAAAGGCCUUUGCACAUUAAGGAUCAUGUGCCUUGAAUAUCUCCAUUCUGACUGCUGCCUUAGUGAUCCUGAUCACACAGAUAAAAAGGGUGCCCAGUGGAAUUCAAAUGUUUCAUUUGCCUGGUGUUUCCUUUUCCAUUUUCAGGGAAAUGAAUAUAGCAUCUCUCUCUCACCCAUGCACGAGGAAACAGACUUGAGCCAGUAGUGGUUGUAUUUGAGUCAUUUGCCCCUAUGGUCCCACCUCAAGGGUUAAAUAGAUCUGGUUUUAAAAAAAAAUUGGAUAGAACACUUUUCUGUCAUAAUGCAGUUUUGACUAAAUCAAAACUUUUUGCAGGAACAUACAGAUUUUUGACUAAAUUUUGCAAUGGGUAAAAGUCGAAACAUUUUGUGUUCAGAGUAAUUUUGAUUUUUGUUUGGCUUUUGGUAUUAAACAUGUAUGUAAUAUUUUAAUAUGGUAUAAAAGUCACAACAAAAUGAAUUGAAAUGACACUUUUGAAAUGAAAUGUUUUUACAUUGAUGAAACAUUUCAAAGCUAUUGAAAUUAAAUGUUUAGAUGGUCCCAAGUUGAUUUUUCUUUUUUCCCCUCUUAAUUUUUGGUUCACAGGAAACUACAACAUUUUGGCUUUUCGUUCUGGUUUGGAGCAAUUUUUUUUGUCAGACUCUCCUGCAGAAUGGAAAUUGUGGCUCCCAACCAGCUCUAAUAAGCUGUAAUGUUGUCUGAAGCACCAGCCAAAUGCAGUUCAAUGUGGAAGAAUCAUUAUCGAGAAGGGAAAGGGAAAAUUUGGUUGUAGUUUUUAAAAAAAAAAAAAAAGUUCAAAAGAAGCUGGAAGAGAUCCACGGUGACCUUUUGUUAGUCAGAUAAGCAAGCAUCUAGGUCUUUCCCUGAAGACUGUCAAAAUUUAACUGGUGCUUCUGUUACUUAGCUUGCACUGAGAUAUGGAAACUGGUGGGAACUUCCUUUAAGCUGUAGCCAGGACUUGCACUGAUAAUCGAAGGUAGAGAUGAAUAGUUCACUGUGAUCUUUUCUCAUCUUUUUCAUGGUACUGUCUUUACGAGGCAACCUGGGUCAGGAUUUUAGCUUCUAGGCAAAGGAAGCUCCUGCAAUAUUGCAGCACCCUGUGGGGUGAAAAAGCUUUAAAUUUUUUUUUUUUGGUAUGAAUAGAGACCACAGGCAUCAUUUUUAUUGCCAGAGGUCCUAAGUAGAAAUCCUGGCAUAUUUUAAAAUCAAGAAUUAGUGCUGCUGUUGUCUGGAUUUAUGCCAUUUGAUGCCUUUUCGGAGAAGAUCUCUUUUAAGAAGAGGAUGAAACCAAAGCAGCCUUUGGCCUUUUCCUACUGUUCAAUGUUUAUGGAGGGGGGCGGGGGAAUAAAUGUAAUUUUUACCUUUUUAUUUCAUGUUUCUAAAAAAAAAAUUUGUUGGAACUUCAUGUAAUAAUCUGCAUUAGUUAGUCUAGACAAGAAAUUUUCAUCUUAUCACUAGAAACAACUUGAUUAAAUUUAGCAGUGUUGAAAUAGCAUUAGACUAGCUGAGUUUAAGCAAUUUUUAAAAUACAAAUUAUGGCAUGCAGGCUGGAUGCGUAGGCAGUUGGUAAUGUCAGUGCAAAAUAUUCAGUUCCUGUUCUCUUUCCAGGGUUAUGGUGACCAUACAAAAUGACUGUUUGGUAACCUAUGUAAAAUAAGCUUGGUGAUCUUGGUCCAGAAAAUGGACAGAUAUCCACACCAUAAGAAAUUGUAUUGCAAUUUACACUACUCUUAUCAGUGAGGUCAAUAAUCUAGGCCCUAAAUUAGCACCAACCACCCUCUUAGUCUUAAUAGCGGAAAGUUUGCACUUCCAUUGCCCUACCUAUAUUUGUGGACCUGAUCCAAAGCCUGUUGAAGUCAAGGGGAGUCUUUCCAGUGACUUCAAUGUUUUUUGAGUAAGGCAAUGGAUGAAUAAAGGACCUUGUGCACCAGUACUGUCAUUUUGAUCCCCAAACUGACUUAUUUGCAAAAUGAAAUAUGUAGCUCCCAGGUUUGUCUUGUAUCCUGUUGAGGUUUAGAUAGGCAGUGAAAUUGGCAGGUUUAUAAACACCCAACCCUGCGCCAAUAUACAAAUACCUGAUAAGUUUUCAAUUAUUAAAUACUAGCUCAGCUUUAUUUCUAUAGCUUUGUAAUGGCAGUUUGUGUGUUCUAUUGUUCCCGAAAGUGUAUCUGAUGAUAAAAUCAUUUCCAGUAUGUUCAAAUCAUGUUAAUAAUAGCAAAGUGACUGAAGUUUUACUGUGACCACACUGAAUCAUGAAUGGAACAGAUUUCAUUUUUAAUGUGCAAAUAUUAAACAUGUUGUUUAAAUA